AUGUCUCUUGGAGCUAUCCUUGAAUACCAUGGGGAUGCAAACUUCACCCAAGAAUUCCAGUUCCCUUUGUAUGGCAACAACGGAACGGACCAUCUCGUAGAGAUAGCACAUGCUAUCAGUUUAUAUCUCAUCCCAACAAUCUGCUUCCUUGGAAUCGUCGGCAACGUGUGUUCCUUCUUCGUCUUCACGUUAUCAACGUUUCGGUUCCUUCCCUGUUCACUCUACCUUGCUGCUCUCGCUGUCUCAGAUACGGGAUUCCUGGCAGCUCUGUUCAUGGCCUGGCUUACAAGUGUCAUGCCUUGGGUUGCCAUGGCACCCGGUCUCUGUCUCACAAUGGUGUACAUAACGUAUGUGUGCAGUUUCUUGUCCGCCUGGUAUGUCGUGCUCAUGAUGGUGGAGCGGUUCGUCGUCGUCUGUCAUCCCCUGAAAGCUCCGCGAUAUGUUACAAAGAAGAGGUCUAGGAUGGCCGUAGGGCUUGUCACAGCCUUUGCUCUGAUUCUGUACCUGCACAGCUUCCUUUCCACGUACGUCAAUGUAACAGUGUAUGGACCGUCCUGCUCGGCGAGAGAACAGUAUAUGAAAUUCAACGCUAUAUUUACCUACAUAGACUCGCUAGUAACAUUUGUGGUGCCUUUCACAGCAAUAGUUGUCCUUAACAUUAGGAUCAUCCUAACAGUACGGAACUUCCGUCUUAAACACCAUCCAUUACACAUGUACUGCAUGCAUCAGUCAGAGCCAGGGGUUCUGACACAGGCUCAGGUACGGUCAACGAAGAUGCUUGUGCUCGUGUCCAGUAUUUUCGUCGUCCUCUAUCUUCCCAGCCACGCCAUCAGGAUGUACCUGCUGGUUAGAGUGUUGGUCAGGAAUGACCACUGGAUGUAUGACCACACGACCGUCCUCGCGCAGCAGAUCUGCCAGUUUCCGUACUUCAUCAACUUCGCCGUUGACUUCCUUGUCUAUAGUAUCACAAGUAAGAACUUCAGGAAGAAUGGUGUCAAACUCUUCAGAAGGAUGUGUGAUGAUGACUGAACACCAUGUCAACAUUGGACGACUCUGAGAAACGAGUGGAUGAGUCUACUGUAUUUCCUGUGUCUAACAAAGGACGACUGAGUUGUCAACAAUCUGUGGACACGGAAUAAGAUUCUACUAAUCAACCAUUCCUAAUGUUACUAACUUUUCCGUAGGAUAUGCAGCGAUGACUCAAUAUCG